AUGUCUUCUACACGCAACAAAGACAGAGUAGCCGAGUCUCUAUCGCAUCUCAGUCUAGACACUUCAAAGGGCAGCACCACUACAGCUUCAAAAUCAAAGAAGAAAACUCCAGUAGCAGACUCAUGGGAAGACGACGAUGAGUCCUCCGGAUCUGAAGAUGAACUCAAGCCUUCGGUAACCAGUCCGACAGUCCCGUCAGCGCCACCCCCAACACCAUAUACAACAAACUAUGGAUCUAUCCCGGGGUGGGAAGACGCAGCAACUUCUGAAGACUCUUCCUCUCGCGGGGUCGAUCCGUCUAAGAGGCCGGAGAAAACUGACGCGGUGGCCCGGCGCAUGAUCGCUGCGGGACUGGGGUUGAAGGCUCCUAAGCAGACUGACGAACAAAAGGCGUAUCAGAAGUCUAUUAGAGAGCAGGAGAAGAAGAGGAGGGAACAGGAACGAUUGGAGGAGCAGAAGAAGCGGGAGGAUACUGAGAAGGCUAAAGCUGCUGUGUGGGACGAUUGA